AAAUUUUGCGUCUGAUCUAGAAGCACCGACUCCCGAAGAUGGCCUCAACACACCUGCUUUUCCAGUCAGCCGCUAUUUCCUGUGCAAUUACUGCAUGAAAAAGAAAGUGACGCCUUUGAGCCGUCAUCUCUCGAAAAACACCCUGUCUGUCCAGAGAUACGCACUGAAAUGGGCGGACUUCCUCCAGAAACGCCGAUAUUCUCAUUCGGCGUGAUAGCAGACAUUCAAUAUGCCGAUGUCGACGAGAGGUACAACUACAGCCGGACAGCGAUGCGCUACUACCGGAACAGCGUCCAUCUACUGAGGAACGCCCGUCAAAGUUGGUGCGAGUCGGCGGUGAAACCCGAAUUCAUCAUCCAGCUGGGAGAUAUUAUCGACGGGGUCAACCACAGCCACCGUACCUCGGAGCAAGCCCUUGAGCGUGUCAUGGCCGAGUUCAGCCGCUGUCCCAUACCGGUGCAUCACGUUUGGGGGAACCACGAGUUCUACAACUUCAGUCGGCGCGAGCUCUUCCUGUCCAAGAUCAACAGCUCUGGGUCCGGGGUCCCUCUCCCCGGAGGUGACAUAUAUGCCUACACGUUUAGCCCUUUCCCCGGCUUUACGUUUGUGGUGCUGGACGGUUAUGACGUGAGUUUGUUGGGCAGAGAGGACGGCAGUGUCAAGUACAGGGAUGCUCACCAGCUGAUAACGCAGUUCAAUGACAGUGAGGAUCUCAACUCUCCGCCAGGACGUUCAGAGGACCUUGAGCAGAGAUUCUCAAUGUUCAACGGUGCUUUGAGCAAAGAGCAGUUGGACUGGCUUGAUUCUGUGUUAAGCUCUGCUGAUGAAAAACAAGAGAAAGUGACCAUUGUUUGUCACCUGCCAGUACACCCACGAUCCACCACCAACAUGUGUCUGCUCUGGAACUAUGAUGAGGUCCUUGGCAUGAUUAAGGCCCACCGCAGUGUGGUGUGCUUCAUUUCCGGACACGACCACGAUGGCGGAUAUUACUCGGAUAAGGACACCGGGGUGCACCAUCUAACACUGGAGGGCGUGAUCGAGACGCCGCCACACAGCGAUGCUUUUGGAACCAUUUCAGUGUAUAGCGACCGGAUGGAGUUAAAAGGGUUUGGGAGGAUCCCAGACAGGGUAUGUCUGUUCCGCUGACACUGGUACAACAGGGAUUAAUAGACAGUUUGGACUUCUUAGCUGCAGAGGUCUUUUUAAAUGAAGUCACUUUGAAGUAAAAAUGUGCCUUUUUAUUUUGCCAUGAAUGGAUUUUCGCUGGCACAGUAGGACUUGAACUUCAGUUCAGGGAGUGACUCCUACUGUUUAAUCUCUUUGGUGGGCAGAUCACAUCACCUUAGUUUUUAUAACUUUUGAAAUGUUUUACCAUUUUUAUGGAUUUCCACUUACUAUGACGUGUCAUUAAUUCAGUGACCUCUCAAUCACCCUGUAAUACACAUGGAAACCCAUUCAAAGUAUUUAAUUUGACACUAAAAGAUGAGCUGUAAAUAAUAUUUUACAGGAAGUGCUGCUAUUCAGUUUUUAGGACUUAAAAUACCUCGACACACUAAUAUGUUCAUGUAAAAGAUACUCUCAGGAAAUGAAAAUUUAUUUUAAUUAUGGUGAUUUUUUUUUUCUUUUUUUUCCUGUAAUGUGUUUGAAUAUUUUCUCUUUUUCAACUCUGCUGUCCGUAUCUUUGAUUGUGGUAACGUAUUUUACUUGAAACACAGAAAACACACAGCAUUUACUACAGAUGCACUGUGCUAUAACAGCGAGGUGAUUACAAUUAAGAGGUUUUAAUGAAACUGUCCAAGGUGUAUAUGUUUAAGGGUUUUUGUAAUAAACCUCUGGAAAUAGAA